AUGAGUUAAGAAAGAUCAAUGAAUAAUAAAUGUUCAAAAACUAGAUUUUAACAUAUAUUUUUCCCAAAUGAAGAUAACUUCUAAAAGUUUUGUAGGAAAUUAAAAAAAUGUAAAAAAACAUUUUUGGGUUGUAUUUAUUAAUUGACACAUUAAACAAUUAUUGAAAUUUUAGUAGAAUUAGCAAUUUAAGGAUGUCAAGUUAAUAUAAUUAUGGAUUUCAAAUCAGAUGAAUAAGAUGAAAGAAAAUAAAUAACUACAAAUAAGCUUUUAGUAUUAAGUGGAUUUAGAGUAAAAGUUUCUUUGAUUGAGUGUAAGGGUUUGAUGCAUGACAAAUUUUGUGUAAUUGAUAAUAAGCUUACAAUUUUUGGUAGUGCAAAUUGGACAUAUUAAGCAUUUUCAAAUAACUUUGAGCAUUUAACUUUAUUGAAAGAUUCAAAAACAGCUAAAAUAUUUACAGAAUAAUUCCAUGUUAUUUGGAAUUAAGCAAAAUUAGCUAAGUUUAUUGAUUCUUAAAUUAUUUAUGAACCUAAUUAAAAUUGUGUGGAGUUUUAAAAAAUCAAAAAAUUUGGAAAAUAGAAGCGGAACAAAUUACUAAUCAAAAAAAAAUUAAAAAAAUAAUGUCUUCACGAAAAAAAAAAAGAUCAACAAUUACAGAAUGAUUUACCUCAAUUAAAAAUCAUAAAAAUGAAAUAAAAUUUACCUCUAUCUGAAAUAUAAUAGAAAGAAGAUUAAAUCAUUAGUUAAACUAUCAAUGAAAAUGAAUUACAAAAUUUUCUUGAUAAUCUAAAAUAACAUGAAUAAAAAAAGCAAAAUAAUUCAGAAAACAUAACUAACAAUUAAGAAUAUACACCUUGGGUAAAUUAGUCUAAGGAACCAGUUCCAAAAUAAAAAUUUUUUACUAAACCCAAAUCCAAAUAAACAUACAAUGAUUAAAAGAAUAUUAUUAUAAUAGAUGAUUAGUGAAUAAUAAACAACAUCUGAAAGGAUGGCUUUUUGGGAUUUUGAAAUAUAAAA